CAGUUCCGGGUCGCGGCUCGGGGCGGGGCGCUGGUCGCUCUUAAAGGGGCCGCCUCACUCUCAGGCGGGCGCCCAGCGCCCGGGCCGGGGCGAGCGUAUGAACCGUGUGCGGGGUCUGCUGUGCCGGGCCUGCCUCGCGCUGGCCGCGGUCCUGGCUGUCUUGCUGCUGCUGCCGCUGCCGCUGCCGUUGCCCCUGCCCCGCGCGCCCGCACCGGACCCUGGCCGGAUCCCGACUCCCGGUCUGUCUCUCGAGGUCUCCCGCCUGCAGCCCGACGAUGUCUUCAUCGCAGUCAAGACCACUCGGAAGAACCACAGCCCGCGCCUGCGGCUGCUGCUGCGCACCUGGAUCUCACGAGCCCCACGGCAGACGUUCAUCUUCACCGACGGAGAGGACCCUGAGCUCCAGCUGCUGGCAGGCGGCCGCCUGAUCAACACCAAUUGCUCGGCCGUGCGCACGCGCCAAGCACUGUGCUGUAAAAUGUCGGUGGAAUACGAUAAGUUCAUAGAAUCUGGACGGAAAUGGUUCUGCCACGUGGAUGACGACAACUACGUGAACCCCGAAAGCCUGCUGCACCUGCUUUCCACCUUCUCUUCCAACCAGGACGUCUACCUGGGGCGACCUAGUCUGGACCACCCCAUCGAGGCCACCGAGAGAGUCCAGGGCGGUGGCGCUUCAAACACAGUGAAGUUCUGGUUUGCUACUGGUGGGGCUGGGUUCUGCCUGAGCAGAGGCCUUGCUCUCAAGAUGAGUCCAUGGGCCAGCCUAGGCAGCUUCAUGAGCACAGCUGAGCGGGUCCGGCUCCCUGAUGACUGCACAAUAGGCUACAUCGUGGAAGGGCUUCUGGGCGCCCGUCUGCGCCACAGCCCCCUCUUCCACUCCCACCUGGAGAACCUGCAGAGACUGCCAUCCGAUGCCCUUCUGCAGCAGGUCACCCUGAGCUAUGGGGGUCCUGAGAACCCACGUAAUGUGGUGAACGUAGCCGGAGGUUUCAGUAUACAGCAGGACCCUACACGGCAGCAGAAGACGAAACUGCUCGAAGGCCUCCCACAAUCCUUUUUCCAGUUGGGACACAAGGUACCUCGGGAUCGUGAGGACAGCUGGACUGUGUGUGCGGAGAUCGUCCAAGAGCAGCAAGAAAAGUAAUGCUGCCGAGCUGUGUACGGAUGCUGCUGGCCCAGCCCGAAGGCCCAGGAGAGGAUGGGUCCCCGACCUCCUCCCACAACUGCAGCUUAAGAUGGUGCUGGGCGGGCUAGUCGUGAAAGGGUGGGCUCCAGGCCUGGCCACAGACUCUUCCUGGGUUGCUCACAGAGCCGCUGUCCAAACCCAGAAUGUGCAGACUACCUGGCCGCUGGAUGCUUAAGGUCAGCCCAAGGCUCUGCUUCCCAGCCACGCUGCUGUUCAUCGUUACCUCAAUCCCUGGCCUCCCAGAAUCACCACCAGGAGACGUUCUUCCUCUAACUGGAGGUUUAGGGGUUUCUUCCCUGAGCUUCCCAGAAAUCAACAGCCAGAGCCUUUCCUCUGGCCCCUCAGGAGCAAGAUGCAGCCCCAGUACCUUUUACGGGGGUGUCCUGCGGGAAGCGACUGCAGUAUUGAGUAAAGGCUUCUGUGACGUUCCUA